AUGAGUCAGCCACUGUGUGGAUUUGACGCGCUGCGCGGCGCCGUGUUUACAUUUCGCCGUAAUAAUGCAGGCGGAAGCGGCGCCGGCAGCGGGGAUUCACUGCCGGCAGGUGGCGCGGAGACGGCGCGUUCAUUACCGGCAGUCGCGGCGCCUACCGUAAUUACUCCGUCCAGGGAGCACGCUGGGAGUGAGUCCAGUGAAGUAAAAGAAAAACUAAGGGAAACUAGCGAGAUGACGCUGCAGACUGAAGUUGCGGGUGUGCGCCCUCCGGGCACUUGCUACUGCGAAGUGACGAGCAACCACUGGUCCGGACAGAUCGAUACUGUCAUAGAGGAUGCGCUUUGGCAUGCAGCAGUUCGUCUCUGGCUUCUGCAGAAAGAGCACGGCCGCGGGCUGUGUGCGCUCGUAGUGAGUGUGUUUGGCAGCUGGAGACCUGCUGCGUCCGCCCUGUGUCGGACCACAGCGCCGCGGCGCCUGCCACCAACGCCCGCGUUCCGCGGCGCGCCUCUGAUCAAAGCCGCCGCCCGGCACGGCGGGCUAUGCUGUCUGCCACCUCUGCAUUAUGCCAUUGCCUCUGCCGGUGUCCCUCUGUCCCUGGUACUGCCUGCCGUGCUAGAUGCCUGUGACGCUGAUCCGGUGUCCGGCGCGAAGCCGCAGCAAGAUACUGUGGGGUUAUCACCACAGUGCAAUGCUUCCAGGCAGUGCUUCUGUGACCUCGUGAGAAAGAACCUGACGUCACUGGAGCGCUUCCACCGGCGCAUCUCGCAGCACGAACUGUACCGCGCGGGGGACCCCGUGAUCGAAGACGUACUGCGCGACCUCGCCACGCAGCGCAUCGUGCACGUCAGUCAAAAAGAUGGAGGCACUCAAAUCAAGCUGGUCAUCGACUACGCUAACCAGAUGCAAGCUCUGUUCAAGCCUAUGCGGUUUCCUCGGGACCAGCAGACACUGCCCAAUCACUUCUACUUCACAGACUUCGAGCGGCACACGGCAGAGAUCGCCUCCUUCCACCUGGACAGACUGCUGGGCUUCCGGAGGGCGAUGCCGGUGUCGGGGCGCGUGCUGAACAUGACGAGCGAGCUGUACGAGCUGGCGGACGGGGAGCUGCUCAAGACGUUCUUCGUGUCGCCGUCGGACAACCUGUGCUUCCACGGGCGCUGCUCGUACUACUGCGACACGGCGCACGCCAUCUGCGGCAACCCGGACACGCUGGAGGGCAGCUUCGCCGCCUUCCUGCCCGACAAGGCGGUCGCGCCGCGCAAAGUGUGGAGGCACCCCUGGCGCCGCUCCUACCACAAGCGCCGGAAGGCCCAGUGGGAGAACGACCCUGACUACUGCUCGCUGGUGCGCGACAUCCCGCCGUACGACAGCGGGCGGCGGCUGCUGGACCUGAUGGACAUGGCGGUGUUCGACUUCCUGACGGGCAACAUGGACCGCCACCACUACGAGACGUUCCGCAUGUUCGGCAACGACACGUUCCCGCUGCACCUGGACCACGGGCGCGGCUUCGGCCGGCCCUUCCAUGACGAGAUGUCCAUCCUGGCGCCCGUCAUACAGUGCUGCCUUCUGCGGCAGUCGACGCUCACCACGCUGCUCAGGUACCACAACGGCCCCCGCAAGCUGAGCGACGCGAUGCGGGACGCGAUGCAGAAGGACCCGGUGGCGCCGGUACUGUGGGAGCCGCACCUCGCCGCGCUGGACCGCCGUGUGCGCAUCGUGCUGCAGGCCGUGCGCGACUGCGUUGCCCGCGACGACGCCGUCGAGGCGGUGGUGCGCAACGACGCCGACGGCGACGCCGCCGACGCCGCCCCCGCCGCCCCCGCAAGCGGCUCCUAGCGGCGGCGCGCGCGGCGGCGGCUGCGGCAGCGCCAGCGGAGGCGCCUGCACCCGUAGCCGCCCCCGCGCACCACCCCUCGGACAGCCGACAGUCGUCGGACACUGUGUGUUUACAGUGGACUCUGCUCUCGUGUGAUGGUCGUCGCAAAAGUAAACAACAACCUAGGGACCACGCUGCUUCCAUAGCGCCCGCUCCAGAACUCGUGUCCUACUCUUUUUUCUACAGCUACACUGAGCUUCACAAGUUCUCUGCUGAACCUGUAAAUGUACAUGUGUACACACGACACGAGAUGCGUGCUUUUUUUCUACCGAUCAAUUCCUAACAAAGAAGGGGAACUUAGCCAUAUCUAUACUGACAUAUACCGCUCAGAAUAUUUCACACAAAUGUUCCUAAACGCAAAUCACAGUGUUAACGCAUACGAUACAGCUAGUCCUGUACGCUUUUUGGUCUGCAAGUAAAUGCCGUAUUAUCCUCCGUAUUGCGUACAAGAAAGCGACGAACUCCUCACCGGCUCUUCUCUCUAGCCAGUACGAACUGAUACGCACAGUAUAACUCGGCCUCUUUGCUAGGAAUGCAGCGAGCGUAAUGAUCGCCUCCUAGGUGGGGGGAGGGGUGUAACGGGAACAAGCCCCGCCUUCUUCUCGCAGGGCAUGCAGCACAAUGAAAAUAAUGUUGCAUUCAUAGCGCCUACCAAAAUGCUACGAUCUGUUACACUGUUUUCUAGGAAAGGUUGACAGUGGCGGAAACUCUCCGUACCAGCGCUAAGUCAUCUAACUUCAUUCGACUCCUUCGCUUCCAGAAAAGUGCCAAGUUAUAUUGUGCGUAUUGUAGUUUCACUUGUAAUUACACAUUCUUUGCCGAUUCACAAACUUUCCGCGCCAGUGACAAGACCAGCUGAUGUCACAAGCUCUUUACGCUUCUUGGUCGUGACGCACCAAGGACUGAAGACACUUGUGAUGAUGUGUUUAAUAAACAUGUAUUACCAACGACGCUAAGGAAGUAAUUGCAAUCCAAACAGUUCGUCUGACUCACAAUGUUUAGGGACUCAUUUGACUACAAGAAAAUUCCAUUACGUCCCUGUUAUACAGAAUGUCCCAUAAAAACUCCGACGAACGUGAUAAAUAUCGAAAUAAGAAAAAUAUGUCCGUAAAGAUGGCCUCUGAAAUGCAUACUUGAAGAGGUAUCAUCGCUUGUUCAUUUUUGAUUCUGUGAAAUAGUUCUCUUCUACUGCAAGGUCUUAGCUUUCCAAAUUUGAGGAAGAAGUAUUGACCAAAACGAGGAAAAACUUUCCAGUAAAUGUGGGCUCUAAGAUGAAUACCUUAAGAGUUAUGAGCAAUUGUUCAUCUCCGCUAGUGUGAAAAACAUCUCUUCUACAGAACACGUGCUCAUAGCUCUUAAGAUAUGCAUUUUAGAAUC